CUGUGGCUUGCAAAGGAGUAUGAAGGGAGAUAUCUGUGGGAUGGCAGUGCAGUGUGUGUGAGAAUAUAUCUACAGUACAGUUGAUAUGUGUGUAAGUCUAGAUGUGAAAUGGGCAUGAACAGAGAUGUAUAUUUACACUUGCUCUCAUGCCAUGAAUACACAUUAAAUAAUCAUUGAAGUGAAAAAGCAAAGAAAAAGUGUGAAACAUUACUUAGAGAAAGCUAGGACCCAGUCUGAGAGGUUGUGAAUUGGCCUGCAUACCAUGCACCUCCACACCGGCCUUCUGUGGUUCUGUCUUGUGCUGAUGGGGGGUCUUGGGGGGUCUGUGUUCCCUGAGGAGGCUGUACCUGUCAGCACUACCGGACCAGAGUAUCUUCGGAGCUAUUCUGUCUUUUCGGGCAGGGGUAUUGGACGGACACCUGAGAAAGGGAGAGAUCAACUGAACAUCCAAAAAAUGCUGAAGGUGAACAGGACGCUGUACAUAGGGGACAGGGACGCUCUGUAUUUGAUCCCGCUGGACUCUCCCAGCACUGAGCUGCAAUAUCGUAAGAAGCUGACAUGGAAAUCAAACCACCAAGACAUUAACGUGUGCCGAAUGAAAGGAAAGCAAGAGGACGAGUGCAGGAAUUUUGUGAAAGUUCUCCUUGCCAGAAAUGAUCAGACACUCUUUGUUUGUGGAACCAACGCAUUUAACCCCAUCUGUGCUGACUACAGGGCUGACACUCUGGAGCAGAUUGGUGACAAUAUGAGUGGGAUGGCUCGAUGUCCAUAUGACCCUAAACAUGGAAAUGUAGCCCUCUUUGCAGAUGGGAUGCUUUUCACUGCUACUGUAACUGAUUUCCUUGCAAUAGAUUCUGUUAUCUAUCGUAGCCUUGGUCAACGUCCAGCUCUACGUAGUGUGAAACAUGAUUCUAAGUGGUUCAAAGAUCCUUACUUUGUUCACGCUGUGGAAUGGGAGGACCAUGUGUAUUUCUUCUUUAGAGAGAUUGCAAUGGAGUUCAAUUACUUGGAGAAGGUGAUGGUGUCUCGUGUAGCAAGAGUGUGUAAGAAUGACAUGGGGGGUUCCCAGAGAGUGCUAGAGAAGCAGUUCUCCUCAUUCCUGAAAACCCGACUAAACUGCUCUGUGCCAGGAGACUCCCACUUUUACUUCAAUGUCAUUCAGACAGCCAGCGAUAUCUUGGUGCUUGGAGGCAGACAUGUCGUACUUGCUCUCUUUUCCACUCCUGCCAAUAGUAUUCCAGGCUCUGCUGUUUGUGUGUUUGAUAUGGAGGAGUUGGCUUCUGUGUUUUCUGGGAGAUUCAGAGAACAGCGCACACCAGACUCUGUCUGGACUCCUGUACCUGAGGAGCUAGUACCAAGGCCUCGUCCAGGAAGUUGUGUUGGAUCUACUCCACCAUACAACUCCUCAAGGAAUCUUCCUGAUGAUGUUCUAAGCUUUGUGAAGUCGCAUCCCCUGAUGGAGGACUCUGUCCCCUCGGUAGGAGGAACCCCCUGGAUGACACGGACUCUGACUCGUGAUCAAUUAACACACCUAGCUGUGGACACAUCUUGUGGAAUUCAUGGGAAUGAGACUAUUCUGUUUCUUAGUUCUGAUUCGGGUACUGUCCUUAAAUAUCUGCUGAACCCUGCAUUAGAAGGAGCUGGUGGCUCAGGCAAUUACAGCAUCUUUUUAGAAGAAUUACAAACAUACCCUGCAGAUAGGUGUGGCAGGAAGGAAGAGGAGCAGAGCAUUCUGGGUAUGGUUUUGGAUAAAGGAUCCGGUUCCCUCCUCCUGGCGUACCCUAGCUGUGUGGUAAAAGUGCCUCUUGCCCGCUGCCAGAGACAUGACGGUUGCAUCCGAAGCUGUCUGGCCACACGUGACCCUUACUGUGCGUGGGAUCCCGAAAGAAGCCGUUGUGCCUUCACACCAAAUGCAGUCAGGGCCCAGUUUGAACAAGAUUUGUGGGGAAAGAGGGCAUCUCAGCUUGGAGAUUGUGAGGGUUUGGUGACACAAAGUUUCAUGGAGGAACGAGGUGGAGAGGUGUCUGUCAAUGUGUUGGUCAUUUCCUCGGUGGCAGCAUUUUUAGUGGGAGCUGUGUUAUCUGGGUUAGGUGUAUGCUGGGCAAGCUCUCAAUGGGGUAGGAAGAUACAAUGCAGACAUCGAGAGACAGACACUGUCCUAAUACAGGGCACUUCUGUUCGAAGUGUGAGUCGUGGGGGAGAGCUUGGCCGGCCAGAGCAAGACCCUCUACUUACUUCUCUGAUACAACAUGGCUGGAAUCCAGGGCGCAGCAAGGAUCAUAAUGGCAUACCUCCCACUCCAGAACAAACUCCACAGCAGCACAAAAGAGGAAUUAGUCCCCAAGACUACCUAAACACAUCCUUGCGGGAACCAUCAAUCAUCCUACUGCACCCUGAGACACCACCACUUACAUCUAAUCAUCUCCCCGCUGAGGGAGGGCAGGAGCCACAAGAACCACGAUACCUUUCCCCUCAUGGAGAGGACACCCGUUACUUGCCCCCACAUGGAGAAGAACCACGUUACAUGACCUUACACGGGGAAGAGAGUCGGUAUUUACCCCAGCAAGCUGAAGAUCUCCGCUAUUUGUCCCAACAUAGGGAUGAAAGUCGAUUAUUACAACAGCAUGGAGAAGAAAGCAGAUACUUGGCCCAGAAUGGGGAUGAUUCUUGUUAUCUUGCAACACAUGGAGAGGAAAGUCGAUAUUUACCCCAGCAUGCAGAGGAAAGUCGAUAUUUGCCUCAGCAUGGGGAGGAGACUCGUUAUUUACCCCAACAUGGGGAUGAAAUACACUAUCAGCCUUCAAAGGGACAGGACCCACGUUAUCGUUCCUCAAACAUGCCCCCUUCCUCUUGGUCUUGUAGUGAGCGCAGACGUGUGGUGUCUGCACCCACAUGUGAGAGGUUUUACCAACCUCCCACACAGGGCAGUCCUCCACGCCCUACCCACCUGAAGAGGAAUCUGACUUUUAACAGUGGGGAGAGUUGGCCCCGACCUCCUGAAUCCUUGUAUAUGCGACCAGGACCGCCCCGGAGUGGGACUCCUGGCUCGGACUACAGGCUAAUGCUACAGUAUGGCAUAUCAAGAACCCCAACAGCUCAGUGACUUGUGGGAAUUGGGGACAUCCUAUAUAUCCUGGAACCCCACAGCACAAUAUCAGCAUUGGGUAGUUGGGGAAAAUGGCUCAUACGUUAGUAGAACCAUACCUUCUGAAGAUGCUUAUCCUUUGAUGAUGGGCAUCUGAUCCUGCAGGAUAUUGGGGUGGUUUAAAGUCUAACUUCAGUUUAAGUUGCCUUGCCUCAGAUAGGGAGGUUUUUAUCUUCUCUUCUUAAAUGGAAAGGGUAUACACUUGAAUAAAAAAAAAGUGGUUUGUCUCCUUAAACGAGAAGUGGAAGGGGAUCUCUGUGAAGUCCCUUGAUCAGCCAAGCACAAUAUGUUGAGAUAAAAUGUUUUAUUAAUGUAUGAUUUUAUAAACAUUCUGUGGAUGGGACUGGAGCAGGGUAUGGACAAUUUUAUGUUUGUGAGUAUAACGAGGGGGGCAGUGUGAAUGUGGAAGGGCAGGACCCUAUACAACAUGUAUUCAUAUUCCAAACUCUUCCCAUCAUACACCAUCUUGCAGCUACAGUACAAACUUACUCAAGCAUAUGCACAAAUUGCCUUUAUAAUAUAAUAAACAUUCCCAUACAUUUCACAUUAACAUUGAGUAACAUUAGAUAGAUCACACAACUGUAAUAUUAUACAAAACACACACACACUGUCCUAUCCUGGUUGGUACAGGGAGGAGAUGCUGUUAUGUAUAUAAUUGUUGCUCCUGCUCUCCUUCCCGUGACUGCGUGUAACGUGUACACGUGUAUUUUACGCAUGUUUCUGAAACGCUGCACAAUAAACUUUUCUUCUGA